GUUCCGUGUUUUCUAUCCUACGUCAUCAACAGUGGCCCGCGUCGUGCAGGGGAGUCCAGUGUUUAUAUCUGCAGUUUUAUUAUUUCCAGGCUUUAUUUGAAUAAGCCAGAAGCUAAAUCACUUUAAACCAGUUUUAUAGAGUACAGUUGAUUUACAGAAUGAGGGGAGGUGUGAUUAUUUCUCUCAGAAUGAGUCAGAAACAGGCUGUUUAGGAGAGAAAUGUCAGCGUUAGCUGGGCUGUGUGUAGCUGUUGCUGCUGUUGCUGCUGUUUCUGAGCUGAGGAUCCUAUAAUUAGUUAUAUAUAUAAUAGUAAUAAAUAUAUAUCAGGUUUAUUUCAGCUGUGAAAUGUUUCACUGCAGCUGCAGGACGUUAAUACAGGUGUGUAAGCUCUUCUCAGCUAAACCUGCCUCUGUCCUGUGGGCUGGGAGACACACAGGACCUCUGACAGGGGUCUGUAAACAUGAUGUUCGGUUUAAGUCUUCAGGUGCUGGUGAGAGAACACUGCAGGAAAGGCAGCGGGCACACAUGGCACGAGGCUUACCCAAACAGAAACCCAUAGCAGGAGUUAAAGAGGUGAUUGUUGUUGCUUCAGGAAAAGGAGGUGUCGGGAAAUCUACAACAGCAGUCAAUCUUGCUCUUGGACUUACAGCAAAUGAUCAGAGUAAACAAGUGGGUAUUUUGGAUGCAGAUGUUUACGGCCCUUCAGUUCCAAAGCUGAUGAACCUUAGAGGAAAUCCAGAGCUAACAGACAAUAAUUUAAUGAGACCUUUAACAAACUUUGGAAUACCUUGUAUGUCGAUGGGAUUUCUGGUUGAAGAUACUGCACCCAUUGUGUGGAGGGGUCUGAUGGUGAUGUCUGCCAUCGAGAAGCUUCUUAGACAGGUGGACUGGGGGCUUUUGGAUUAUUUAAUAGUUGACAUGCCUCCUGGAACAGGAGACGUCCAACUCUCCAUUACACAGAACAUCCCAAUAGCAGGAGCUGUGAUUGUAUCCACUCCACAGGACAUUGCUCUGCUCGAUGCACGCAGAGGUGCUGAGAUGUUUCGCAAAGUUAAUGUACCGGUUCUGGGUCUGGUUCAGAAUAUGAGUGUUUUCCAGUGUCCCCAGUGUAAUCACCAAACACACAUUUUUGGGUCAGAUGGAGCAAGAGAGUUAGCACGGACACUUGGAGUAGAAGUUCUUGGGGAUAUUCCACUUCAUCUAAACAUCAGAGAGAAAUCAGAUAAGGGUCAACCUGUAGUGGUGUCUUCUCCUGACAGUCCUGAGGCUGAAGCGUACAGAAGAGUAGCCUCAGCAGUGGUGCGUCGGCUCGCAGAGGAGUCCAGAUGAACGGGCUCGAUACUGAUUAACUCUGAAAGUCAUGGUUAACUAACAAAACUCUAUGAUUGUAUUUGCAUAGGAAAAGAAAGAAAAACACUGGUUUAUCCAGUAUAACACCACAACACUGUUAUUUCCCUGUGUCAUCAACUGGCUAGGUUUAAAAAAUCCAGUAUAUGAUUCAGAAAUUACAUAGAUUUUUUUUUAUUGUACGCACAUUAGUUGUUGUUCCAUUACAGCAACAGUUGAAUGUCUUAUUUUGGUCAAUCAUUUCUACGUUUUUGAAUUUCUGUAAAAGUCAUAUCCAUUUGAAAAGCACUUUAUAAGUAAGACAAGACAGUAGUAAUAGUGAGUAUGGCCUGAUCUUUCCCCUUAAAACCGACACAAAUUGGAUUUACUCCUUUGGGACUGUGGUUUCAAACACAACACAGACUAAACCACUGUCUGCCACCAAUCUUCGUACACUAUCAAACUUAAUUUUUUCAAAACACCCUUUCUUUUGGACCUUUAAGCUCUUUAGAUCCAGUCCAGAAGCUGUUAAUUUUAGUAUUGUAAAAGAAAUUGUUUAUUAUAAAAAAACAUAUAUUGUUUAAAAAAGAGGGGAACAUUUUAUAUAACAGCUCACAGCUGGUAAGUAUUAAUAGAAAUAAACUGAGCUAUAGAAA